CUCAGUGGGCAAUAAUACUGUUUAUUCCAGAGCACUCGCGAGAAUAGCCUGGCCACUCUCCCUGCUCGCUCCAAUCAUUUGUGCAAGAUGAUGGCGCGGAGACUCGAGCGAUUCUGCAGCCCAGGUAAAGGGAAUGGACUACGAGCCCUGCAGUGCGUGAAGCCUGGAGAGCUGCUCUACAAAGCUGAGCCCUUCGCCUACACCGUUUCCAAAAAAGGCAGAGGGUCUGCCUGCGAGAACUGCUUUUCCAGGAAGCAGAGUCUCCUCCGAUGCUCCAGGUGCAAGGUUGCCAGGUACUGUGAUGCCCGUUGCCAGAGGCAGGCCUGGCCGGAGCACAAGAGGGAAUGCUUGUGCCUCAGAAGUUGCCAGCCCCGGAUCCCUGCUGACUCUGUGCGACUUGUUGGGAGGGUCAUCUUUAAAUUACUAAACCAUUCAUCCUGCCCUUCAGAAGAGCUGUACUCCGUGUCGGAACAUGAAUCUCAUAUCAAAGAGAUGAGUGAAGAAAUGAAAGAAGGCCUGGGGCACCUGAAAGAGAUGCUGCAGCUGUACCUACAGGAGGAGAGCGAGGAUGUGUCUCGGCUAAUGUCAGGAUUAGAUCUGCUCCACCUCUUUGCCAAAGUCACCUGCAACUGUUUCACCAUCAGCGAUGGAGAGAUGCAGGAAGUUGGCGUUGGACUCUAUCCCAGCAUGUCUCUGCUGAACCAUGACUGUGACCCAAACUGUGUGAUCGUGUUUGAAGGCAGACAUCUCCUUCUCCACGCAGUGAAGGCGAUCCAGCCGGAGGAAGAGCUCACUGUCAGCUAUAUUGAUGUAUUGGUGCCUACCCUGGAGCGACAGACACAGCUGAAGAAGCAGUACUGCUUUCUAUGUGAAUGUCAGCGCUGCAAGAGCCGAGACAAGGAUGCUGACAUGCUGGCAGGUGAGGAGCGAGCUUGGAACAGAGUCAGAGAGUGCAUUGCUAAAGCAGAGGAGCACCAAUCCCAGGAACAGUGGGACCAGGUCCUGGCUAUGUGCCAGACUGUCAUAGAUAACAAUCAAGAUGUUCUCCCAGACAGAAACAUCUAUCUGCUCAGAAUGCUUGACUGCGCCAUGGACGCCUGCAUUCAUCUUUCCCGCUGGGAGGAAGCUGUACGCUAUGGCACCAGAACUUUACAGCCAUACAGACUGUACUACACAGGAUUCCACCCAGUGAGAGCCGUGCAGCUCAUGAGAGUGGGCAAACUGCAGAGCCAUCAGGGGAUGCUCAGGGAAGCUCUGGAAACACUCAAACAGGCUUUUGAAAUCAUGAAGGUUACCCAUGGGGGAGAGCAUAGCCUGACGCUUGACUUGAAACAGAUGCUGGGAGAAUGCCAAGCUGAAAUGAACCAAACAUGAGAGAAGAUGUACAGCUUUUUAAAGAGUAAGUAGUGAGGUUCCAAAAAAAUGUAGCGUUACGCGUCCUCACGUGUUGCUACAACUUACCUGUCAUUUUCCUUUUCUUUAACAUCCUGACAACUUUCUACACUUAGAACUUUAAAGUCUGUUUCAAAGCUCGUUUCAAAAUCGCCGCUCAAGUGCACUGAUAGUGUCAGGAUUAUUGCCCACAUUGUCAAACAGGUAACACAGCGAUAACGAUCCAUGAUGUGGCACAGAACAGAUAACCCAGAGCACUUUUUUUAUCGCUCUUCCUGCAGUGAUUUAGAGGAUAGAUCUCAAACCACAGUGCACUAGAGCAGCCAUUUUGAAAAGAGCUUUGAAACAGACUUUAUAGUUCUAAGUGUAAAAAGUUGUUGGGAUGUUAACAAUGAAGAGAGAAAUGACAGGUGUGUUAUUUGAACAGUUGUAGCAGCAGGGGAGGACGUGAAAUGCUAUGUUUCUCAGAACUCCGCUACAUAUGGUGGCUCCCUGGGUAACUCUGCUGUCAUAAUGAAAUAACCCUUUCAGAGUUUGUCGUUCCCAGCAUGCAUUGCCAGAGCAAGCUGGUCAUGUUUUUACAGUUUUACAAGAUAACAUGAGACGUUUUACAAAUAAUUUUCACAACAUUGUAAUACCUAAAGCAUGUGACAGGUGUUGGUUAACCUGCUGUCAUAGAACAGCUGUCAGCUUCAAUAAAAACAAUCUGUGGCCUUGCAUAAUGUAACCAGUCAUAAUAAGCCCUCUGAUCCAUUGCUUCUUGUUUCUUUUGUGAAAAGCAGGAUGUGUAUCCAAAUAUUAUUUUGCUUGUUAAGACUGUUCAGUUCAUAUCUAUAAUCAAGCAUUUAAAAACCGGUCCCCAACAAAUCAGGGGUCUUGUUUUGCAAACAUAUGGAUGACAUAAAAGAAUCCCUGAGUCUCCAAAAAGACCAGCUUAAACUGUAAUGUCUAAUGUUGAGAAACACGGCUGUAACCAUAGACACAAAAUAAUAGCUGGUCUGCUGUCACUGUGAAUGCCUCUGCUUAUGAGAAGCCUAUUAAACUGUCUUUCUCCAA